AUGUCGUUUGUCUUGCUAUUAUGUGCCUGCGUGGCUUACGUGUCAGCGCUGCCGGCGGAUGCUGCUAUUGCCCCUGACGUGCAAGUACCAGCUGAAGGACUACAAGCAGAGGAAUCACGUUGGGGCGGCUAUGGUAACGGAUGGGGCGGCGGCUACGGACGCGGAUGGGGUGGUGGUUAUGGAGGAGGAUGGGGUGGUUACGGCCGUGGUUGGGGUGGCGGUUAUGGAGGAGGUUGGGGUGGCGGAUAUGGAGGAAGAGGAUGGGGCCAUCAAGGAUGGGGACGUUAA